AUGACUGAGGGUCAUGAGCAGACAGGAGCCUCUUUGGAGGACCUGUCACUACCUGAUGAGUUUCCUGAACCACACACAGAUCACAGGUCAAAGCUGAAUGAAGAGGAAGAGGAAAGAGCCUCUCCUAACAAAGAUCAGUCAGUGAAAUGCAGCCCAGACCUGCUGCGGAUGCUGAAAGCAGCAGAGAGCAGGAGGGCAGCUCUGGGUCGGGACAGAGACGGGGCCGAGGCAUCACAGUCUGAGACGGGAGAGCUGGUGGCUGAAGCUCUGAAGACAGAUAUGAAAAUCCAGUUCACUGACCAGAAGCAAGAAUUCAACAAACGUCCCAGCAAGACUGCUCAUCGCUCCCUGUCUCGCUCCAUCUCUCAGUCGUCCACAGAAAGCCUCAGCUCGGUGUGCAGUGACAGCUCCGAAGAUGAGUCUUCACCCAAAGACAAGCUUCAGAAGACCUCCACCGGCCUGUCUGACUUCUGCAUCAAGAACAUCAAGCAGGCUGAGUUUGGACGUAGAGAGAUAGGAAUUGCUCAGCAAGAGAUGCCGGCACUGAUGGUCCUGAGGAAAAAAGCAGGUGGGGAGAAACCUCUGGCCGGAGCCAAAGUGGUGGGGUGCACACAUAUCACUGCACAGACAGCGGUUUUGAUUGAGACUCUGUCUCUGCUUGGGGCUCAGUGUCGCUGGGCCGCCUGUAACAUCUUCUCCACUCAGAACGCUGUGGCUGCUGCUCUGGCUGAAGGAGGGACAUCAGUGUUUGCGUGGAGAGGGGAAUCAGAGGAUGACUUCUGGUGGUGUAUCGACCAGUGUGUCUCUGCUGAGACCUGGCAGCCCAACAUGAUUUUGGAUGACGGAGGCGACCUGACCCACUGGAUCUACAAGAAGUACCCAAGCCUCUUCAGAAAAGUCAAAGGCAUCGUGGAGGAGAGUGUCACCGGCAUCUAUCGGUUGUACCAGCUGUCAAAGGCAGGUCGACUGUGUGUCCCCGCCAUGAACGUGAACGACUCAGUGACCAAGCAGAAGUUUGACAACCUUUACUGCUGCAAGGAGUCCAUUCUGGAUGGGUUGAAGCGAACCACUGACGUAAUGUUUGGAGGAAAACAGGUGGUGGUGUGCGGAUAUGGAGAGGUUGGCAAAGGCUGCUGUGCUGCCCUGAAAGCAUUGGGUACAGUCGUACAUGUCACGGAAGUGGAUCCCAUUUGUGCCCUUCAGGCCUGCAUGGAUGGCUUCAGAGUGGUUAAACUGAGUGAGGUGGUCAGACAGGCAGACAUGGUCAUCACCUGCACAGGUAAUAAAAAUGUGGUGGGGAGAGAACAUCUGGACAGAAUGAAAAGUGGCUGCAUCGUCUGCAACAUGGGACACUCCAGCACAGAGAUAGAUAUAGCAAGUCUGAGAGCUGCUGAGCUGAGGUGGGAGCGUGUGAGGCCUCAGGUGGACCAUGUGAUCUGGCCCGAUGGAAAGAGAAUCACCCUGCUGGCUGAGGGCCGUUUGCUGAACCUAAGCUGCUCCACAGUGCCUUCACUUGUCCUAUCCAUCACAGCUACAACUCAGGCUCUGGCUCUCAUAGAGCUCUACAGUGCUCCAGAGGGACGAUACAAACAAGAUGUCUACCUGUUGCCAAAGAAGAUGGAUGAAUUUGUGGCCAGUCUUCACCUGCCGACCUUUGAGGCUCACCUCACUGAGCUGACUGAUGAUCAGGCCAAGUACCUGGGCAUCAGCAAACAUGGGCCCUUCAAACAAAACUACUACAGGUGA